AUGGUGAGGAAACACGGUUGGCAACUUCCUGCUCACAAAUUCCAGGUGGUUGCGAUUACAGUGUUCUGCUUGUUGAGUGUUGCGUACUAUGCUUUCUUCGCUCCUUUCGCUGGAGGUCGAAUCUGGGAGUAUAUUCUCCUCGGUGUCUACUCUCCUGUGGCUCUCAUUGUGUUUGUUCUUUAUGUUCGUUGUACUGCGAUCAAUCCUGCGGAUCCAGGAAUCAUGUCCAAGUUCGAGAGAGGCGCAACGAACAGAGGUCAUGAUGAUGCGUUAACGGGAAGAGAUGUUUCGAGAAAGUUCGAUGAAACUGGGAGCCAGUUGCAUUCUUCUCCUUCGGUUGCCUCCAGGGCUUCUACUUUACCUGCAAACUCUAGCGUGAAAGGCUCUGUAGGAGGAGACGGUGGACGAGUGGAAGCUGUUAGGAAGAAAUCUUGCUUUAAUCCUUUGGCGAUCUUGUGUGGUGUCUUUGUUUAUGAAGAUUGUCGUAAGAAAGAAGAGAGUGGUGAAGAGCAAGGGGAUAGAGAAGAAGCUCUGUUUUGCACUCUGUGCAAUGCCGAGGUGCGUAAGUUUAGCAAGCACUGUCGAAGUUGCGACAAAUGUGUAGAUUGUUUCGAUCACCAUUGCCGGUGGCUUAACAAUUGUGUCGGUCGCAAGAACUAUAUCACUUUUAUAUCACUGAUGGCUGUCAGUCUUGUCUGGCUCCUUAUUGAAGCAUCAGUUGGAAUUGCAGUUAUAGUGCGUGUGUUUGUUAAUAAGAAGGAUAUGGAGACCGAGAUCGUCAAUAGACUCGGAAAUGGAUUUUCUCGGGCACCUUUUGCUACGGUUGUUGGUCUCUGCACUGCUGUUUCUAUUCUGGCCUUGUUUCCACUGGGUGAACUUUUCUUUUUCCACAUGCUCCUCAUUAAAAAGGGCAUUACAACUUAUGAGUAUGUUGUGGCAAUGAGAGCAAUGAGUGAAGCGCCAGCUGGAGCUUCGAUUGAUGAGGAGAUGCCUAACAUGCUGUAUUCUCCCUCUGGAUCUGCCACGACCGGCUUUAGUGGUGGAAGCUCCCUUGGUCUACCUUACAAGGGAGCUUGGUGCACUCCUCCUAGAGUGUUUGUUGAUUAUCAGGAUGAAGUGAUUCCUCAUUUGGACCCUGGAAUGGUUCCUUCGACCGUAGAUCCAGAUGCAGCUGAAUCAGCAGAGAGGGGCAACAAGGUUCCAAAGAGACCUGUCAAGCUUAGUACAUGGAAACUCGCAAAGUUGAAUUCAAAUGAAGCUGCAAGAGCAGCUGCUAGAGCCAGAGCGUCAUCAUCCGUUCUACGGCCGAUAGAAAACCGUCAUGCACAAGACGAUGAACUUAGUUUAAGUGGUACGGUCAGUGUGGUCAGUAGCGUAAGCACAGAAGCAAAUGGGGUUGUGUUGAAUAAAGAGAUGAGAAACAACGAUCCAAGGCUGUCACUCUCUAGAAACUCUUUAGCUCCAAGCCAAGGUAGCAGGGACGAGUACGAGACAGGAACACACAGUAUGAGCAGUUUCAGCAGUCCAAGUCAUGCUCACGAGGCUGUCACGCUUAGCCCUCUCCCUCAAUAUCAUACUGCUGCUGGCCACCGCUUCACUGCGGCGGCCUCAUCGAAUGCUCCCCCCAGGCCACCUCCUAAUCCAGCAACUAAUCACAUGACCCACUCAACCUUUGAUGAGAAGAUAAUGCAGAAAGGAAACAACCCUGAUCCGUUGCUCCACCCUGCUCCUGCAGCUUCUCUUAUGAGAGAUGUGAGAAGAACAUCAGUUGUUUGGGACCAAGAAGCAGGUAGAUAUGUAUCAGUUCCUGCAACAACAUCUGAGGCAAGAACCAGAUUAACCUCACAGAACCUGCAGCCAAUUCAUAGCUCACACGUGGGUAACACUCAGAAUCCAAGAACACCACCCGUUGUUCAUCCGCCUCAAAGUUCUUCAUCUAGAAAGGCUCCUCCUCCUCCUCCUCCACAGCAGCAAGGAGAGAGACUUACGUAUACAGGUGACUCUAUCUUCUUUGGUGGUCCGCUGGUAAAUAUCCCAAACAGAGAUAACCUGAGAAACGAAGGGGCUUCGGGAAGAGAUGGACAAGACAGAAUGGGAUUGGCAUUGCCUCGGGAAGCUAGAUUCAAGAGAGACACAACCUCGAACCAGCUUCCAGUGUUUGCUCCUGUUGGUACCCGCAAGUAG